ACCGUUGCCUGGCGCCCAGGGCCUUGAGGUGGGAUCGUCGCCCGCUGACACCGUCCCCUUCCGGCCCUGAGGUACCCGGCCUAUUGGCCCCAGGACGUUCCUGUCGCAUGGCGGAGUGCUUCGGUCGAUGCCCAUGAAGUCCUUAGCCCUUCUAGUUGCGCUGUUGCUAUGGUCUCCGUCCGUGCCGGGAACUCCGAGUGUAACUGUGACGCCUGAGGAAGAACAAAACUUGAAUCAUUAUGUACAAGUUUUACAGAACAUGCUACUAAGUGUUCCCACUAAGGAGCCAAGCCGUGAAAAAAAAUCAAAGUCUCCAAAUAAUGUUUAUCUUACAGGAUUGAAGAUACCAAAACUUAAGGCAAUAAUUACACAUGGAGAACCUUCAAAUGAGCAUGAUGUUUUAACCAAUUCCAUCACUGAAGAAACUGCAACACUCCCUGCUAAAGGCUUCACACUGGAAGCAAAGAAAAGACGUACUAAAAGUACAGCAUUCUGGACAAUCAAACCAAACAAUGUUUCUGUUGUUUUACGUACAAAAGAACCUUAUAUUGAAAAGGAAGAGCCAGAUCUGGAUGACAAAGAAACUGAGGCACCAAAGGUAUUGCCAUAUGUUACUGAUUCAGUUACUGAUUCGUCUACGAUUUCAGAUGUCACCUUCGAUAGAACAGCUGUCUCCUCUUCAAAUGAGAGCCAUGAAAAAGAUGACUCCAUAUUUGGAGAAGAUGUUCCACAGCUCUCAGGUGGAUCUCAUGUAGAAAAUCUUUCUCUACCAACAACUGAACAACACCCAUACACUUCAAAUAAUGAGGACAUUUUGAAAAAAAUUUCAGAGUUGAAUGCACAGGUACGACAUGUACCUCCUAGUGACCCCCUCAAUCCAGAAUAUAGAGAAGACAUUCAAGCCUCUAGAGAUCACCUAAGACGAAGUCUUGCUUUAGCAGAAGCAGCAGAACAUAAAUUAACUAAACUAUAUGAAUCCGAGUUAGUGCCACUAGACCGAUCUGGUACUGAAGAUAACAUUGAAACUGUUAUUAACAUGCUGUAUAAUUCUAGAUCUAAAUUAUAUGAAUAUUUAAAUAUCAAAUAUGUUCCACCAGAGAUGAAAAGAAAAGUUAUUAAAGUAGUAAAUAUAUUGAAAGAAAUAUUAUGUGUACGUCGAAGAGAAACUCAAAUCCUUAUUAGGAAGUUAUUAAACAAUAAUAUAAAAAUUUUAAACCUAUUAGAUAUUCCAUGACAAAGUUGAUUUAAGCAAAUUGUGCAUUCAUUCACAAAAGAAAUAAGCAUAUUACUGGUUUUAAAGGUUAUAUAAAAAUAUUCUCUAUUGUACUUCAAUAUGCUAACAUCUUUACAUGUCAUGUGUUA